GGUCGUCGUUCCGGCCAGCGGAGUCUUGUGGACGUGGGAUCUGAAUCGACCGACUAGCUGGCAAAAGACCUCUGUGAGAUGUGUCUUCUCGCCGAUCGUUCGUUUGCUUUGCCUCAACCUCUUUCUCGGUCGACGAACGACAUCAAAACGAAGCGAACGAGGAGGACUCUUUAGCCUUCUCGCCGACCGUUCCGCCGAAAUCCUGAGCCAUCAACAACCUGGAUACACAACAAACCCGUAAUCACAAACCCCAGUAGCGACCGGGCAGUUUGCAAGGAACAGUGUCGAAGAAUCCGAGCGACACAGCGAAACACCAGCACCAAGCAACCGGAGAAUACGGCUCCGGUCCCGUAGACGAUAGACCGAGCGAGAGCACGGGACGGUUAGGACCUCUAUUAUUCAGCAUUCACACCGCACCACGACACAGCAACGCACACACGCUUUACAGCCGAGAGUUUCCGCAGCAUUUUCCAGGGAAUCGCGAAUGCCAACCUAUCAAUAGAGCACUGGAGGUAUCCGUCUAGGUCCAAGAAAAUGUCCACAGUCGAGGCGAUGCUGGCAGCGGAGCAAACAACCUGCCCCGGGAGCGGUUUAGGAACGGAAUGGCAACCCAUCACGCUCACGUUGGUAGAGUACCCGAAAGGUGAUUUGAUUGGAAAGCUGUUGGCCUGGAUCAGCCUUGCACCGCUAGGUAUUGGGGCGGGCUUCGUGGCACUGAUACUGUUCCGACGAGAUCUGCACACGAUCGUGUUCUUCGCCGGGACGCUCGUGAACGAGUGUAUCAACAUGAUACUGAAACACUGGAUACAAGAGCCGCGACCCGUUUCACGUGCACAAAUUUGGAACGAAUACGGUAUGCCUUCUUCGCACUCGCAGUUUAUGUGUUUUUUUGCGACCUACGUGCUACUAUUCAUUUUUAUAAGACUGCAUCACAUGAACAAUAGUAGUAGUGCAAGGAUCGAACGGAUCGUUCGGCUACUGAUGCUGGCGAUCUGCUGGGUGGCCGCGUUUCUCGUGUGCUUCGGUAGGGUCUACCUACUUUACCAUACCGUGCGACAGGUGAUGAUCGGUGCCCUCGUCGGUACCGUGACCGGAGGGCUUUGGUUUGCGCUAACGCACUGCGUCCUCACGCCCUACUUCCCGAUGGUCGUGACGUGGCGCAUAUCGGAGCUGUUUCUACUACGGGACACGACACUCAUCCCGAACGUGCUGUGGUUCGAGUACACGGCCACCCGCCAAGAAGCUCGGGCACGUGCCCGCAAGCUAGUGAGCAUGAAAUCUCAGUGACGGUUUUGGUCACCCUGACGGCGCUACUUGUACUGCAAAUAGCAUCAUCAUCUCUCCCACCAGACCGCUUGGCUACGGCUUGGCUUGGUGUCGGUGUUGUUGCUGCUCUUCGCGAUACCAUCAUCGUUUGUAGCGCUGCCAUUUCAGGGGGAAUGCGAGCGAGCGAGCACUAGAACACUACAUCUGAACGUCUCUUCGUCGCGUAAUAUUUGAAUUUGUAAAGCCAAUAGCACCCGGGCCCCAUCGAGCCAUCACGCACUCAUACGCGCCGUUUGCGAGUGGAAAUGGAGCAAUGAAAACCAAACACCGAAAAGCACCCACUCGUGUUGCGUGCUGCCUGAUCAAUCAGCCAAUCAUCCACUGUGCUAUUAUGAAAUGCAUUUACAGACAUCUUUUGGUGGCCGGUGUUGAGAGGGAAAAGAGCGCAAAGUGGUGUGGCGCCGAGAAGAGCUUUCGUACGCCGCGCCGUGGGCGAGAACACGGUAAAACGUGUCGCCAGUCUCGCCAGAGCAUCCUCCCGCCCCCCCUAUCCCAAUCGGCCUUCUGGAUAAGUAGCACGUGUGCACCACGUGCAACAGCAGCUAGCCCCCCUAACGCAUGUAAUUGUGAUGAUACACCGUUUCGCGAGUCAUUAACGAACCUUGUAAGAAGGAAAAUAAGACGAAACUGUAGGAACCGACCGAUAUAUGACACACUAGUGAUGCAGUUUGUUAGUUUGUUUUUUACCUCUUUCUAACACUGUGAGCAGAGAAAGGAAAUAAAAUAAUGCGUAAAACAAUGG